AUGCUGUUGAUGAUGAUGUCUUCGGAGUAUGUAAUGAAGCUGGGAGAGGGCCAUGCACACGUCGUUCCAGUAACAGUGUUUGUAGCAGUUCUGUGCUUAUGUUUAGUCAUCGGACAUUUUCUUCAAGAAAACCGUUGGGUUAACGAAUCAAUCACUGCCAUUCUCAUUGGAUGUUUAGCUGGGACAAUAAUCUUGUUCAUCAGCAAGGGUAAGAGCUCUCAUAUUCUCAGAUUUGAUGAAGAGGUGUUCUUCAUUUAUCUCCUUCCGCCCAUCAUCUUCAAUGCAGGGUUCCAGGUCAAGAAGAAACAAUUCUUCCAUAACUUCUUCACCAUCAUGCUGUUUGGAGUGGUUGGAGUGUUCAUUUCAACCACCAUAAUCUCAGCUGGUAGUAUGUGGCUGUUCCCCAAAUUUGGUUUCGUGGGGUUGACUACUCGUGACUACCUUGGUAUUGGGACAAUCUUUUCAUCGACAGAUACAGUCUGUACAUUGCAGGUCCUCCAUCAAGAUGAAACUCCUCUGUUGUACAGCCUAGUGUUUGGUGAAGGGGUGGUGAAUGAUGCAACAUCGGUUGUUCUGUUCAACACAAUCCAAAAGCUUGAUGUGAAUAGACUUCAUGGACGGCAAGCUGUUCGCAUACUUCUGGAUUUCUUGUAUCUGUUUUCCACAAGCACAGCACUUGGAGUAUCGGCUGGGCUUUUGACAGCAUAUGUACUUAAGGGUCUGUACUUUGGCAGACAUUGCACGGUUCGGGAAAUAGCUCUGAUGGUUUUGAUGGCUUACCUGUCUUACAUGUUGGCUGAGCUACUCAACCUUAGUGGGAUUUUGACAGUCUUCUUCUGUGGGAUUUUCAUGUCCCAUUAUGCAUGGCAUAACACCACAGAAAGUUCAAAAAUUACAACCAGGCAUGUAUUUGCUACAAUGUCAUUUAUUGCGGAGACGUUCAUAUUUUUGUAUGUGGGAAUGGAUGCACUUGACAUUGAGAAGUGGAAGCUGAGCAAAUUGAGGGUUUGGACCUUGCUCGUUAUAUGUACCAUUUUGAUCUUCCUGAUACUACUUGGCCGUGCUGCUUUUGUCUUUCCUUUGUCUUUCCUUUCGAAUUAUGCAAACAGAAAUGCUUCCCGUUCAUCCACAAUAACAUUCAAGCACCAAGUAAUAAUUUUGUGGGCUGGACUUAUGAGGGGAGCUGUAUCCAUAGCGUUGGCGUUCAAAGAGUUCACUCACUCAGGGGUUACAUGGGAUCCGGUCAACGCCACAGUGGUCACUACAACAGUCAUUGUCGUGCUCUUCAGCACAAUAGUAUUUGGCUUUUUAACAAAGCCACUUGUGAGUUGCUUGCUUCCGCCGCAUGAUGCUAAUAUUGGAGACCUAAGCCGUGAACCGACCAUCUCCAAGGAGGAUAUGAGACUUCCUUUGCUCUCUUUUGAAGAAUCUGCUGCAACAAAUGUUCUACGUGCAAAGGAUAGCUUGUCCAUGCUCCUAGAAAGGCCUGUACACACGAUUCAUCACUAUUGGAGGAGGUUUGAUGAUGCUUACAUGAGACCACUAUUUGGUGGCCCAAGAAACAACAACUCUUCAUGAAGCUGGAGGGAACGAGGAGUUAUUACAGCUGAACCCUUUUUAAACACAUCUCGUUUAGUUGAUUGAAGUUGGGCAUUUAAGUAGUAGUAGUAGUUUUUACGACGCUUGAGCAGAAAAAAAAGCCCAAUUCUGGGCUAUAGACUUAUAGGUACCGUGCACGUACAAACAUAACUUCUACUGUGACAGCGUCUUUCUUUCUGUUGCUUUUGCGGCGAAAAGGCCUAAAACACAAAAGAGACCAGACCACUGAA